GCGCCGUGGGAUAUCACGCGAGCGCACCGGUCCGCUCGACAGCCGACUCCGAAGUCGCCGCCGCGGGUCCAGCAGAUACGCGUGUGCACAGACUUCGCCGCCGCCGCCGCCGCCGCCGCCGCCGCCGCGGACGACCUUAUAGAGAGCCGACCGAACGUAGUACGGUGUAUACCAAGUGUCCGUCAUCGAACCACACACUCGGUCGCCAACACAUCCCGCGGUGGUCGCAGCUAUAUUGUGCAGUCCAAUUACGACACACACGCACCCGCCGCCGUCGAUUCCCGCGAGUAUACCCAGUAUAUUUUUCAAAUUGAUUUUGUUGUGGCACAACUGAAAGAAAAAAUUCAUUUGACGUCUAACGAACAAUACAGCUCAGGAGGUGCAUUAUACGUCACUGAAUUAGUGAUUGUUUAGAUUUGACUUGGUAACCUAAGUUUUGAAGAUGACGACGCCUGUUUUUGUCUCGUCGAGGGUAAGGGAAAACGCAUCGAAUAAUAACGGGCAAUUCAAUCGUGCGUCUCAACGGAUAUUCAUCACGCCGGCGGCAGCGGCACCGGAUACUGGCAGUACCAAAGGGAAGACUAAUCAUGCGACAACACAGGCUAACAUGAACUCGGCCGAUUUAAUGGAGUCAGACGAGAAAAAACUAGGGCCAAAAAGUCGGAGCCAACAAUUCUAUUCCAAACAAGAUAUUGUGGAACAGUACUGCCUAAGCGAUAAGCAAUUACAAGUAUUAAACAGGGUUAGACAGCCUCCAGCAUUGUUUGGAUGCAUAUCCAGUCACAGAGAGUCGUCUUCUUGUGGUGCUAGGAGCUCACCGAAUCUGUUGACCGCCUGCGUUCGGCGACGAAUACCAAGUGACGAGAACCUCCACGACCUGUACAAGCGACUUCCAGCAGACUGCGCUCCAUAUUCACGGUGGUCGAGAUACCAUCACUGCCAUCCUGAAGCAUUCCCCGUGCAUCACUGCCACCAAUCGGACUUGGCCGAAGCACCGCCACCGCCACCGUGUCAACGAUCGCCAGCCGCCAGACGCCACAAAUGUUGGCCCCCCGAAGACGAAGGUUGUCCACAUAGGACGUGUCAUCCAACUUGCCACGGACGGGUCUCGGGAUUCGAUUGUCCCGAAUUCCAUCUAUGUACGCCUCACUAUUUACCACCACCUCCCCCUCCACCGCCACCGCAGCAAUCGACUUCCAGAAUGAGACAUGUCAGCUUUGCCAGAUCACACACUGUGACCUCAUUUGACAAUGUUUCUUUAAAAUCAGCCAACAGUAGCAAAUCGUUAGAAAGACUAAUUGACGGUAGAAAAACUCCAGAACCUAUUGUUUCCUCAGUCGAAUCUCCGAAAAUUAUUGUAUUAGAAAAGAUAAAAAGGGCACAAAAGGUACAAGCUACACAAACAGACGGAGCAAGAGAUACAAGUCCAGCAACGCCGCAUAAAGUUAAAUCAGUAACGAAAAAAAAUGCACAGCAAAAUGAGAUACCGAAAUCAAUUAUCAAGCCAUCGGAAACUUUCAGUAAUGAGAUACUAAUUGACUUUGAGCCUAAAGAUCCUCCUUAUCGGAAGCAAAACAAAACGAUCUUACAUAAAACCGUAUCAGACGGUGAAAUUUUAAUCGGCGAGAUAGCAAGAUGCAGGAGUCGAGAGGAUGUAGAGGCAUCAGUGUCUGAUGGUGAACAAUGCUACAAAAAUUUAGUGGCUGCUUCUUGCACUGGCGAAGGCUCUUUGGAAAAUUUUCAUGAAAACGAAAGCAUUCUUUGUGAAGGAAUUUACAAGUCCAAAAGUAGUGUGUGUUUAUCUGAGUCGCCGAGUAAAUGUAGAGCAAAAACGCCAUCGUCUUCAAAUGAACAAGAACCAAGUGAUCUAUCUCAAACUACUGUCUUGCAGUUUGAAGGUUUAUCCAAGAAAACUAAACUAAAAGAAGAUAACUUGUGUGAUGUAAUACAAAAGAAGAUAAUAAGAUACACCGAUCUGCCAUUGAAAUCUUCAGACCUAAUUGAACAAGGAAAUAGUCAAAACACUUUAGGAACUAAUUGCCCAACGGCUGUGGAGCCGUCUGAAGUUUCAACUUCUACUGAAGAUUAUGUAACAGCUACAGAUAGUGCUUCUUACACCACUACCCCAACUCAAGGUCCGUCAGUUACAAGUAGUUCAUUUGACAGUGAAUCUUCUAAAUACAGUUUGCCUCAUCCUAUGUUUGAUCACGACACUACGCUUGAUCCAACUGAUCCAAUUGAUGAAGAACUCGGGGACGGUGAAGACUCAAGUGAUGACGAAAGCAGUACAUCCGGAAGUUACAGCGUGAAGUGCAGUAUAGAGGAUAAUAAGAGUUCUGGUUCAUCAGACGAGAAUACAAGAAUAAGACCGAAAUCCAUCUUAAAAUUGGCUAAGUCCAUACCAAAGAGCAAAUCAAAAUCUUUAGAAGAAUCAAAUAAUUUGAAUAAUCCGGAUCUAAUAUCAAGUAACCGUAUAACAGCCAAAUGCCAUACAGAUGAAACUAAUUCCAAUUUAAUUAAGAAGUUGAUGGGCAACGGUUUUGCAACUAAAAUAUCAUUACCUGUCUAUUCUUCCGACGAGUCUUCAAAAGCGCCAGAACGACGCAGAAGGCCAAGCCCUAGACGGAAAAGUAUAGGAGCUGUAACACUAAUUAACUCUAUUGAUAAGCAACCUUCGAUAGUAAAUAAACCAGAAAAACGGAGGGAAUCACUGCCCGAAAUUCUUAGAAAACCACAAGUAACUCUAGAUACUAUGGAAAAAUCAAAAACUGAAUUUCACCUAGAAGACAAACCUAAAUGUUCAUUACAAACAAAGUCAUCCCAAAUUAAUUAUUUAUCUCAAAUUAAUAAUUUGAACUUGAAGACGGUGAGCGCAGAGUCUCUGCGUUCUAUUAGCCCAGGAAGUGAUUCAGUUUUCUACAGUGAACCAUGCAGUAGGGUAUCAUUAUUAUCUAGAUGUACACUAUGUAAUACCGAAGUUGAUCUAGAUUAUACUAGUAAUACAAAUAGCGAUAUCAUAAAUAUUGUUAAACCACCUGAAGGGUUUGGGGAUUCUCCAGAAGAACCCCCUACCACGCCUAUAAAACGAUUAACGAAACGAUAUCGUUCAGAGGAUAGAAGAAGAAACACUAGGUCAGAACAAACUCGAGCAAAGUCUGAAGAAAGAGUAAAACAUACAAAAGAAAAAGGGAGGCCAAUGACUAGAUCGACCAAUGUAAGUAUGGAAAGAUUAAAUGGAAGUAGUUCUAGCCUUCAUUCAGAUGACGAUGACUGGUCGGGCGUCUAUACAACACCAUUUACAUCCUUCUCGUGGGUAUACAUAGACGAAAUAGAAGAGUUCUAUGUAUGGAAAAAACCUUCAGAUUUGCCAGACAUUAAAUGUUCGCCUGAGUUAAAACGAAGAGAUUCCAUUGAAUCAACGUGUUCAGAACAUGAGUUUCGAGUAAAAUAUCAAACAAUUACACACCGAAUGGUACACAGAAAAUCAAGUUUAGAAAUGUUUAAAAGAAUCGCUUCAAAAUCGUUUGAUAGCGACGAACGCUUAAUGGUUAAACGUGAAUCAGGAGAAUUCGGUUUUCGUAUUCAUGGGGCUAAACCGGUCGUAGUAUCCGCGAUUGAAACGGGAACAGCUGCAGAAAACUCUGGUCUCCAAGUGGGUGACAUAAUCAUCAGCAUCAAUGACAUGUGUGUUCUCGAUGCAUCACACUCGGAAUUUGUCAAUGUUGCACAUAGUGGUUCUGACGUAUUAGAAUUGGAAGUCGCCAGGACCUGUGAUAUCUUAACACCAGUGAUCGAUCCAUCCACAAUUGAAAAUCGCAUUGUUAUAGCCAGUAAACUAUGGAAAUUUAGUAUUGGGACAAAAAAAAUGAAAAACUGUUGGCAGCCUAGAUAUUUUUGUCUCAAGACCGAUAAUUGUCUCUACUACUAUAAAUCUGCUUCUUUGAAACGAGACAGACAUCCUCUAGGAGCAUUAAAUCUUAAAGGUUUCACCGUAGUGCAAACAUCGGACACGGGAAGAAUGUACAGCUUCCGACUGGAAAGAAAAGACCACAAGAAAACAAGGUUGCACAUAGCAGCGAACAGUGCAGAAAACGCGGACCGCUGGAUCGGAGCUCUCGUCGAAGCUACCAAAUGUCCAUCGAUGGAAUGGCUCAACGAGGAUAACUUAAAAUCUGUGGUCACCAUCGAUCCGCAAUCGGACUGCCAGGGUUUCCUCUCCACAUUGGUACACCACUGUGGAAAAUCGUGGAAAAAAUACUACUGCGUUCUUAAAGGUGCUAGGCUGUAUUUUUUCGUAGACAGCGUAACCCGAUUUGCCAACGGAAUGGCUUGUCUCCACGGUUACAAAGUGCAAAGUUCCGUUAACGCUAGCGUAAGGAAAUUUGCGUUCGAGCUUAUACCACCCGACUUGUCGUUUAGAUAUUUUUAUUUUUAUACAGACACCGAAGUAGACAAAAGAAGAUGGAUAGCUGCUCUAGAGUAUAGCAUAGAUCGUUGGAUAAACGUUUCAUGAUAAUAUAACGGAUUCAACAAGUGUUUGUCAGAUCAAUUCCAAUAAUGGCAGAAAUAUGAAGCUAGCUUGUGAUAUCAUUCUUACAUUUAUAUUUGGACCAUUACAACAACACAAACAGCGUAAAAAUAUUUACUUUUAAAUAUUUCAAUAUUAAAAUCUAUAUUAUAUUCAUUAUUUUUAGUUAAUGACUAAUAAACAUAUUAUUUUAUGUAUAUUUUAUAGUUAUGUUAUGUAGAUAGACAACUGUUAUUAAAAUAAUUAUUAAUUUUACAAUGGCAAGUUAAAAACCAUUGCAAAUUUUAAUUCUCGACUGUUUUAAUUAUCACAUACCUACUAUAUUAUAAUAUUCUAACACAAUAUUUGUAUGAUUUAGAAUUUGUUAUAAAUAUAUUUUCUCAGAAAUUAAAAAGAGUUAGAUAUAUGUACCUAUAAGUUAUGAAUUUUCACUUUGAAGUUUGAUUAAUUUACUUUGUAUUGUUAGUAGUUACUACUAUGUGUACAUAGACUAGAAAGCAAUACUGUUGAGUGUUGACAUUCGAUGUUCAUUUGUGUUUUCUUAGAACAUAAUAAUUAUUACUUAUUAUGAGAAUGUUGAUAAUUGUUCAUGAGUGGUCUUUAGUAUUUACUCUCGAAAGAUUUUUAAUAAAUAAGAUAAAUUUAUAAAGAAAACCGAAAUAUGUAACCGUACCAGGGAACAACAAAAUUACGACAUAUUUUUAUUUUUUCAAUUAGGGUCUCAUUGGUUGUUCCUAAUUUGAAAUAACUUGUCAAUUUUCAAGUACGAUUACUGCACUUAGCGUUUUACUGUUAUGUAUUGUACUUAUGUAUUACGAAUUGAACACAUUUAAACUUAGAACUUUACAAAUAAUGUGUAUUUAGGUUAUUACUUGGAUAACUUGUAUUAUUCUAUACAUUGUCCACAGGGUGCCAAAAAUCAGUCUUUAUUAUAGACUUGUUCAAAUAUUAUGGAUUUUUUAGUGGCUAAAUUUACUAUUAUAGAACUAUCUUAGAGGAAAUCUGAUUUUUCAAUAAUUCAAUUGCAUCAAUAAAAAUGUAAUUACUUA